GCUAACAAAAAAGUGCAAUUUCCUAAACGAAAUUUUCUUGCUUUUCAUCCGAUCGCGAAAAUAUCAAACGUUGAUGGACGCUUUCGCGGAUGCUCGGAAGCCAAAUUGUUCUUAACUCCAAUAAUAAAUACAUUACCUCCACUCAAAGCGGUUGUGUGUCUGUGAAAAAACCCCUUAACAACAUAAUAUAUCAACCCAAAACGGUGGCCUAAACAAAACAAAAAUACGGGGCAUUGCCAAAAUAAAAUAACAACAACAAAAAAAGAGAGAUAAAAUACACAGAAAAACAAAAACAAACUGAGAAAUAAUGGACAGACAAACCGUCAAUUGAAAACAAAUAGUACAAUGAAGUUUUAUUUUUGGAUCAGUUGGACUCUCGGCAAGUAAAGAGAUUCUGUGCGGCGUAUUUAACCGAAAAAAUAUAGAAACACGUGCCUUGAAAGUUAUACACAAAUUUAAAAUUGCAUAUAUAUAGUCGUCUAUAUAUAUUCUAUAGAAAUUUUUGAUUGAACUUUGAUCGAAGGACGCUGCGCACGUGAAAUGGCCAAGUUAAUCAUAAUAAUUUGCUGUUUCCUUUGGUUCACUGGAUUAUCGGCUCUGCCGAUAAUCGACUUGGAUGAAAUCCCACAGACAAACCCCUGCCCUUCGGACAGCCAGAGAAAUGACGCCCUUGAGAGUUGCACCUGCCUACCUUGUCCCGAGAUGCCGACAUGCAGCCAGGUGCUCAUCGAGGUUCAUCCCGGCGAUGGGAAGCCUGGCAGCUGUUGUCCCCACUACGAAUGCAGAGACACGGAGCCCGUCUGCAAUGGUACCAAUGUCACGUACUUCCGCGAUAAGUGCACCAAGUGCGAAUCCUGCAAUUUCCAUGCCAUUCCCUGUAUACAAUUCUGUGACCCGUCCGUGGUAGUCAGCAACUGCCUGACCAAGUCAAACGAAACUGCGGUCCCCCUGGGCGGCACUUGGACGGAGGAUUAUGGAUGCACUUUGUGCAGAUGUACUUUGGAUGGCGAGCCCGAUUGCCAGGCCACAGAAUGCCCGCGCGUGUACUGUGAUUGGCCCAUUAGGAGGGAGGGGGAGUGCUGUCAAACAUGCCCGGAUGAGAAACUGGUAACACCAACACCACCUCACAUCUUGAUCCUCCAGCCGUAUUCGGGUCCAACCAGAGGACCUGAAAUAGAAACUGUGAGCUCGUCAGCAUCACCUGGAAGUUUCCCAUUGAUUCCGGAUAUUCUAGCACCGUUCAGAACGACUUAUUCCGAUUUCUAUGAGCUGUCCAGUAGCACCACCGAAGCCGAGGUUAGCUCUGACCCAGCGGAGGACAUCGCCUCAUCGGAAGCGCCUCUGCAAGAGAACAGCUCCACAAGAGACCUGGAAAUGAGCACAGAUUCAAGCACAGAUUCUUCGAUUGUAUCUCCAACAGAUCAGAGCACGACGAAUGGUCCAGCUUCUACUAGCGAGGCUUCGCCUUCAACAGUCUCCGAUUUCACAGCUUGGACAAGUCAGAGUCCGACUGAUACCACUGGAUCAGAGCAGAAAUCAACUUUUGGGCCCAAGGCACAGACACCGGAGUCAACCAGCCAGGUCAAGGUGCCCAGUGAGGAGAAGGUUUCCCGGGACGCCAGGAAUAAUACAGAACAUCGCCCCUAUAUAUCCCAGGAUAGAUUUGAUACCCUUUUUAUAUGGAUUUCAUCCGUGUUCGGAGCAAUAUUUUUGGUUUUCUUCGCGUGGCUUAUUUGUAAGAUGUGUAGGAGUGGCAAGAAGGUGAAUGGCAACUAUCACGAGGUCUCUACGCAGCAGCCCCAGGAGGUGUGCAAUCUGAAGUCCUUCGAUGAACCAUCGCAUCGAAAAUAAGGCUGCUUUCAGAGAUGAAACGAAGCAUAAGUUGUGAUUCCAGCACAGAGAAAAAUAUAUAGUAUCAGUACACUAGGUUGCCAUCUCAGAUUAUUAUAUUAUAUUAUUGGUAGCACAACAUAUAAAUAUUCAUUUCGAGAUGGUAAAAACGUUAAUUUAUUAAGUUAGAUUUUGUUACAGUUAAGUGCUAAUUUAAAUCUUUUUUUUCUCUGUGUGAUUUCCAUCCCGCAGACUGAUUUUUGAUCUUGACAAGCUUUCAUCUAGCUUCCGCUAGAGAAAAUAAUACCAAAACAGUGGAAGAAGUCUGCAUGUUAAUAAUACUUAGAAAAAGGAACUAACUUCAUUGAGAGCAUUUUGAAUGGAUUUCACAGAAUUUAAGGACUCUGUUCCCCUUCCUUAUCGAAGGAUAGUCCACACAGACAUUGAAAGAAGCGAGCCGAUCGAGCAAAUAAGCGAAACUUCAUGCGUUAACCCACACACACCCACAUAUUGAUCUUAAGACUAUUGCUCAAUUAUCAAUUAAUUAGAGUGAUUAAGUUAAGCGGUAAUCGAGACAGUAAUGUGAUAGCUCUAAUUAUCAAAAGUGAGAAGAUCAUCGUCAGAGAACACACAAAAGUAAACGUAAUUGGAAAGUAUUAGUAGGAAACACAUUAGUUUGAUUUUAUAUUAUGAUUACUGAUCGAAACGCACUCACUCACUCACUGACUCAUUCAUUAAUUUAAUUUAAUUUAAUUUGUAGAAACAUCGGACAUACUUAGUUAGUUUUCCCGCAACGCAUCCACUACAUUCAUUCCUUUGUAACCAUUCUAUUAUUAUAACCUAGACAUUUAUUCUACGACAAAUAAAGCGAUAAAAAAAAACCAAAGUUAAAGAAAAACAAAAA